GCCGUGCUCCUCGGGCGCGCGCACGCACGCACGCAAGCGCGGGGCCGCGCAGGGCCGGGCCGGCACGGCGACGGGCGCGCGCAGCUCGGGAGGCGGCGGCGGAAGCAGCGAGGGCGGCGGGCGUCCGGCUGCGAGCGCGGCGGCUCCGGGCUGGGCCGGCCAGGGGCGGCUCCGGGCGGCGGCGCAGCCGAGCGCUCGGUCCUGCGGCUUCAGCCCGCGGCUUCCGUCCCGACGCCUGCGCCGCUCACUUGGCGUCCCGGCUCGGACCCCGGCGCCCAGCCCGUGGCCGUAACCUUGAGGCGGCGGCGGGGCCGGGCCGGGCCGGGCUGGGGGGCGGCGGCGCUGGAUCCAAGGCCGGCCGGCCGCUGGCGGGAGAUGUCGAACCCCGGGACGCGUAGGAACGGCUCCAGCAUCAAGAUCCGUCUGACAGUGUUAUGUGCCAAGAACCUUGCAAAGAAAGACUUCUUCAGACUCCCUGACCCCUUUGCCAAGAUUGUUGUGGAUGGCUCUGGGCAGUGCCACUCAACCGACACUGUGAAAAACACCUUGGACCCAAAGUGGAACCAGCAUUAUGACCUGUAUGUUGGGAAAACCGACUCUAUAACCAUCAGUGUGUGGAACCACAAGAAGAUCCACAAGAAACAGGGCGCUGGCUUCCUGGGCUGUGUGCGGCUGCUCUCCAAUGCCAUCAGCAGAUUGAAAGACACUGGCUACCAGCGUUUGGAUCUAUGCAAACUAAAUCCCUCAGAUACUGAUGCGGUUCGUGGCCAAAUAGUGGUCAGUUUACAGACCCGAGACAGAAUAGGCAGUGGAGGGUCGGUGGUGGACUGCAGAGGACUGCUAGAAAAUGAAGGAACAGUGUAUGAAGACUCAGGCCCCGGAAGGCCGCUCAGCUGCCUCAUGGAGGAACCUGCCCCAUAUACAGAUGGUACCGGUGCAGCUGCGGGAGGUGGGAACUGCAGGUUUGUGGGGUCUCCAAGCCAAGAUCAGAGACUCCAGGUACAGCGACUCCGAAAUCCCGAGGUUCGAGGGUCCCUACAAACGCCCCAGAACCGACCACAUGGCCACCAGUCACCAGAGCUGCCUGAAGGCUAUGAGCAAAGGACAACAGUACAGGGACAAGUUUACUUUUUGCACACGCAGACUGGAGUCAGCACGUGGCACGACCCCAGGAUCCCCAGUCCCUUGGGGACCAUUCCGGGGGGAGAUGAAGCUUUUCUAUACGAAUUCCUUCUACAAGGCCAUACAUCCGAGCCCAGAGACCUUAACAGUGUGAACUGUGAUGAACUUGGGCCGCUGCCUCCAGGCUGGGAAGUCAGAAGUACAGUGUCGGGAAGAAUCUAUUUUGUAGAUCACAAUAAUAGGACAACCCAGUUUACAGACCCACGGCUUCACCACAUCAUGAAUCACCAGUGCCAACUCAAGGAGCCCAGCCAGCCGCUGCAGCUGCCCAGCGAGGGCUCCAUGGAGGAUGAGGAGCUUCCUGCCCAGAGAUACGAGAGAGAUUUAGUUCAGAAGCUCAAAGUUCUCAGGCAUGAACUCUCUCUUCAGCAGCCCCAAGCAGGUCAUUGUCGAAUAGAAGUUUCCAGAGAAGAAAUAUUUGAGGAGUCAUAUCGCCAGAUCAUGAAGAUGCGGCCGAAGGACCUCAAGAAGCGCCUGAUGGUGAAGUUCCGGGGGGAGGAAGGUCUGGACUAUGGUGGAGUGGCACGGGAGUGGCUGUAUUUGUUGUGCCAUGAAAUGUUGAAUCCAUAUUAUGGACUCUUCCAGUAUUCCACGGACAAUAUUUACACACUGCAAAUCAACCCAGAUUCUUCCGUCAACCCUGACCAUCUGUCUUACUUCCACUUUGUGGGUCGCAUCAUGGGUCUGGCUGUGUUCCAUGGACACUACAUAAAUGGGGGCUUCACAGUUCCAUUCUACAAGCAGCUCCUGGGAAAACCCAUCCAGCUGUCAGAUCUGGAGUCGGUGGACCCAGAACUGCAUAAGAGUUUGGUGUGGAUUUUAGAGAAUGACAUCACGCCAGUGCUGGACCAUACCUUCUGCGUGGAGCACAAUGCUUUUGGGCGGAUCCUUCAGCAUGAACUGAAACCCAAUGGCAGGAAUGUGCCUGUAACUGAGGAAAACAAGAAGGAAUAUGUCCGGCUGUAUGUAAACUGGAGGUUUAUGAGAGGAAUUGAAGCCCAGUUCUUAGCGCUUCAGAAAGGGUUUAAUGAACUCAUUCCCCAACACUUACUGAAGCCCUUUGACCAGAAGGAACUGGAGCUGAUAAUAGGUGGGCUGGAUAAGAUAGACCUGAAUGACUGGAAGUCCAACACGCGCCUGAAGCAUUGUGUGGCUGACAGCAACAUCGUGAGGUGGUUCUGGCAGGCGGUGGAGACCUUCGAUGAGGAGAGGAGGGCCAGACUCCUGCAGUUCGUGACCGGAUCCACACGAGUUCCUCUCCAAGGCUUCAAGGCUCUGCAAGGUUCUACAGGCGCGGCAGGGCCCCGGCUCUUCACCAUCCACCUGAUAGAUGCCAACACAGACAAUUUACCCAAGGCUCAUACCUGCUUUAACCGGAUUGACAUCCCGCCCUAUGAGUCGUAUGAGAAGCUCUAUGAGAAGCUGCUCACAGCUGUGGAGGAGACCUGUGGCUUCGCUGUGGAGUGAGGAGUGGCCAGGGGCAGCAGAGUCUCCUUCACAACCACCAGACCCAAAGCAUAUGGCGUCUGCACGCCUCCCGCAUGGCGGGCUGAGGCCUGAGAUCCCAGAAACCCGAGGGAAAAGGCUCGUCUCCCUCCUCCUUUGGGGAGGGCAGGCCAGGGGACUUUCAUAGGUGGCUCCCACCCAUUUAUCCCUCCUUUAUUAUUGUUUGCCCACCCCUCCAUCACCCAUCCACUAAAACGCAGCCAGGUUUUGCCCUCAGCCUCCUUGGCAUGGUGGGAAGGCUGUGGGAGCAUCAACCCAUGGUCAGGGCCAAGCUGGGCCCGAGGGUUUGCAUGGUCUCUGUACCGGCUCUCUCGGCUUAGCCUCAAGGCCCUUUUCAAGUUCAGCAGCUGCCGAUAGCUUACCAAGCUUAAAUUCCAGCUGUCCUGUUAGCAGUGUGUUCCAGAUAGCAGGUGGAUUUCCAAGCAGGAAAUCACUGUGUGUCUGCUUGCUGGAAUUCCACCCGGUCAGGAAGCUCAAGGCAGAAUGCAUUUCCCUUCUGAGAGGUAAAGGGAUUAGAGGCCCAGGGUAUUUCUUUCCAGGGUAUCCUGGCUGAAAAGAUGGUUUUGCACAGGGGGAAAAAAAAUCUUUAAAGUUCCAUUUGUUGUGUUCUCUACCCAGUUUGAAAUUCUCAUAUGUCAUGGAGCUAAUCAAAGAAUGGCCAAAAGGCUCAGAUUCCCUGGGCCCAGCUGACUCCCAUACCAGGGACUGGAGGCCCCUGACUGUCUUAAAAUGUUAGUGGACUUUUAUAUGGGGAUUGCUAAGAGCUAAACUAACCGAACAAUUUGUCAUCACAGCCACUGGAUGGGACAGCAGGAGAGCUGCUGACCUGGGGUCCCCUGAUGCAGCUCCCCAGGGUUGGUGCUAUGCACAAAGCAGGGUGUGAUGGAGCCUGUGGUAACAGGGUGGGGGCUUUACCUCCCUACAUGGCCCUCUUCCCCAGUGGCAAUGGUGAUGCUAACAGUUCUACUCAAUUUGCUUGCUCAGCCUUCGACUUCUGAUGAGCAAGGCCAAAGCCAGCCUAACACCAUGUCUCUAACACCAUUUUCAGUUUGCACAAGUGUUCAGAAGCGGUGACCCUUUUGAUAGAGGGGCUGGAUUCAGGCAGCUGAACUCUGGUGUGGAAGGCAGAGCAGCAGCCGACUUUCCAUGUGUGGUUUUGUCAUUUUUGUUUGCGGUGGGGGUGAGAACAGGGUAAUUCAUUAGCAAGACAUUUCAUUGGUACCGGGGUUCAGGUUCAGCCAUGAGUUCAAGUUGUACGUGGGAUAUGAGGAAGGUCCUGUUGGGCACUGGCUUUUGUGUUCUUUUUGUUGCUUACCCUCAAGCUAGGGAUAGGAAGGGGCUUCCCUGCUGUUCCUGAUGCUUCUGUCCAGCUUGCUCUGGGAGCAGCUCUGAAGUGACUGGGCCAAGAGGUUUGGCAACUUGGUGGCCACUGGUACUUCAGAAUGUGAGUCAGCCACACUCUAGGUUUCAAAGUUUGGGGACAGGAAGACCUCACUGCACAAAAACUGAAUCCGUCCCACCAUCUAGGCCAGACUGGGGCCUUAUCAGUGUCCACUUUCUGCCUUGCCCCAGUAGGGCUCUGUAUUCCAUCUACCUUAAUGCUUCUGGGGUGUCCUAAAAGCCCGCUCCUCAUGGCUGGGAGUAUUUUAAGCGAGGAAGUCUGUGCCCUAAGCCAGAGCCAGUCCACGGGAACCAAACUGAGCCUGCAGAGUGACACUUUGGACACUGGAAACCCUGCCUGUUGCUGUCGCCCUGUGCCAGUCUGCAGUGAUGAAGGAAACCAGGGUCCUGUGCUUUGGAGUGGUUACAUUGGGAGUGAUAAAGGGACAAGCCUUAGGAGUCCCGAGGAAGAUCCAGAGGUUGGGCCCUCGGGCUGACUUUGGUAGGCACACAGACCACCACUAAGGCUUCCAAGUCUGCUUGCAUAGCCUGUGGGACCCCAUUGCCAGUUCUGAGUGUCCCAGCUCCCCCGGAGCAUCUGUCUGCGCAGCACCGUCCUGUGUUGGUACCGCUGCACCUCCUUGUCUGUCUACCAUGGUUAGGCCCUUCUGAAACACCUCAAAGGACACUGUGUGGCCGGCCCAUGGCUAAGCUCCUGGUUGCCCUGCUUUGGGUCUGGCUGAAGCCCCUUCAUGUAAGAUCUCAAUUGUCACCUCUCCUGGUGGCCCCAGACGAUCCCCCAUCGCCACAUCACCCAGAUGCUUCAGGAGCCCGGCUUUCCAGGCUCCUCUCACCAGCGGCCAGCAGCCACACUCAGGGACGCAGCAAACACCACUCUGCUUCGCAGUGCUUCAGAGGAAGCGCAGGCUGCAGCAAUGGGGUGGCAGCGGGUCGCAAUCUCCUGUUUUCUGUUAGGAGAGUCUGCCCCCCGAUGGGAUGCUGGGAUGCUGACCCCUACACUGGCUUGGCCACAUGGUCAAGUUCAGGAUAGGCGGACCCUGGACUGACCUUCUGCAGAGAAAACACCCCAUCCUACUGCAGCCACGUGGGGGCCACAUGGCAGCCUUCUGAAACAGUGUGGAUUUUUCAAAUGUGUUUAUAAUGUAUUCUAAUUUAUUUUGUAAGGUCCUGUUUGAAGUGCUGCUGCUACCCUAGUUGCUCUCCCAGUUUUUAUUGCCCAUUUACUUGUGACAGUUGUACACUAAUGUUCUGUUUUAUGUCUGAAUUGAAAAGUAUUUAAAGAAAUGCUAGUUCUAUUUAAUGCAGUUGUGGAACCAGCUGGGAACAUGAAAUAUUGACUGUAGAGCAGGCUGGACCCGGGAGGUCAGGUUCAUUUUGUUACAUAUGCAAUAAACUCACAACUUUACAUUUUC